AUGCCUGUCUUCACUGAAAAAGGAUCUUCAUGGCGUGACCUUAGGGUCGUACCAUCAUUAGCGCCCGUCAUACCUCGUCUGGCACCGGCAUUUAACCCCCCGGAGGAUGGCCGCGAGCGGUAUGAAGUGGUAAUCAUCGGGGCGGGACCUGCGGGUCUUAUGCUCCAACUCCUUCUUGCUCGAUACGGAUUGACCGACAAGUCAUUGCUCUGCGUUGAUUCCAAGCCCAGCACCCUGAAAUCGGGCCAGGCAGACGGCAUCCAACCUCGGACAUUGGAGGUAUUCAAAACGCUAGGCAUCUCUGACGAGAUUGAAAAUGAAGCGUGCCAGAUGUGGGAGUUCGCCUUUUGGAACGCCUCUGAUGAUCCCAAGAAAGUGAUUGAGCGACGAUCUGUUGUGCCCGAAGUCAUCCCACCAGCUCGCUUUCCUUACGAGGCAACCAUCCACCAGGGUAGAGUGGAACGGAUUAUGGAAACCGAUCUUCUCCGCUACUCCCAAAGAGGGGUUGUCAGAAGUACGAGGCUUGUCUCUUUAGAGAUCGAUGAGCGCAGCGACCCCGAAUUUCCGGUGCUGGCAACUGUUGAAACGGAUGGCGUGACGCGAGGCAUCCGCACAAAACAUUUGGUAGGCGCCGAUGGCGCACACUCCAUUGUUCGGCAAUCCGUCGGACUGAAAUUGGAAGGGAAAUCGCUCGACCACAUCUGGGGCGUCAUGGACCUGGUAGUUGACACCAAUUUCCCUGAUAUCCGCAGACGUUGUGCUAUUCACUCUCCCGCCGGCUCCGUCAUGAUCAUUCCCCGCGAGCGUAUUUGUACCGGAGAAUACAUCACUCGUCUCUAUGUGCAGGUUCCGGGCUUAGAAGACUCGGAAAAUACAGACAUCGACGCGGACCUCAAAAAAGAUGCGAAGAUGAAGCGCAGCAAAGUCACUUUGGAGGCGAUUCUUAAGCAGGUCCAAGACGCAUUCCAGCCAUAUUAUAUUCAGCCGAAAAGAGAGGAUGCUGUUGACUGGUGGGCUGCAUACCAGAUUGGUCAACGAGUGUGCCCUGAGUUUAUUGUAAAGGAUUCCACCGGAGUCGGUCGUGUGUUUAUUGUGGGUGACGCCUGCCAUACACACAGCCCAAAGGCUGGUCAAGGAAUGAACGUCUCAAUGAUGGACUCAUACAACCUCGCCUGGAAGCUCGCCUACCACAUCAAUGGCUUAACUCCCGCAUUAUCAGAUAAAAGUCCAAGGUUGCUUGACACAUAUCACGCGGAACGGCACGCCAACGCACAACAAUUGAUCGACUUUGAUAGGACAUUCUCUAGCGGCUUCUCGGAUCAGCUAGGUACAGCAGGCUCAAAGUCGGGGCUAUCUCAUGAAGAAUUCGUCAACAUUUUUAAUACUGGGAACGGAUUCACCAGCGGCUGUGGCGUAGAAUAUGCCGAAAGCCUUGUCGUCGAGAGGGUCCCGUCUACCAACGGAGAACCUCCUGUCCAUGGAGAAGACUUUCUAUCUGGAAUAUUGCGACCUGGAAGACGGUUGCUUAACGUUAAGGUGAAGCGCUUUGCGGAUGGUAGUCAUCGGGAUAUCCAGGAUGAACUAAAAUCAACGGGUCGAUUCCGGAUCCUCUCGCUUGUCUCUCACGACCUACUAGAGCCUCAGGGCGUUUCUUCAACCACAUUGAAAGCAGUUAUCGCACUCUCGCAGCGUUUCCCUGCGACUCUGAUUGAGCAAAUCAUACUACACCCACGUUUAUCCGGCGAGUUAACUUGGGAGAGUAUCCCGAUCUGCUUGAAGGAGGAGGCGGAAAUGUCGCUCUAUAGCGGGUAUGAGCUUCAGGACGCUUACCAGAUAUAUGGAGUUGAUCCUGCCAAGGGUGCACUUGUCGUCGUGCGGCCGGAUGGAUACGUUGGUGUUGUUGCGCACUUGAAUGAUGUGGGUCGCGUCGAUGCGUAUCUCAACCGGUUGAUUGUUAUGGCUAUGUAG